AUCGCCAUGAUAUUUUUUGUGUUUUGGACCCUUUAAUUACAAAAUGUUAUGACGAAGGUAGUUCAUAAAGUUAAUUUACUCUUUUAACGGCAUGCAUAGUUUUGUAUUGGUUUAAAGUAAAGUGUUGACAAUCCUUAAAAAAUUUUUAUUUUACCGUUUAUCAACUUUAAGCUGUGUAAAAGGUGAGAUCUGAAAAUCCAAAUGCUUGUGUAAUGGUCAAGUGUACUUGUUAACGCUUAGGUUUUUAUAGAGACUACAUUUAAGAAAAAAUACGUAUCAUGAACCUCUGACCUACGUAUCUUAUCAUGGCAGCCAAGGCAGAAGCAGUUGCAAUUAUUAUUGAUGUCAACCCUUUGAUGAGUGAAGCGCCGGAAGGUGAAGAAACACCCCUACAAAAAUGCAUAGCUGCCACAAACAUGAUUAUCCAAAGAAAGAUAUUUAACGAUACUAAGAAAAAUAAGGAUGAAGCAGCUUUAAUUCUGUUUGGAACUGAUGGAACUUCAAAUAGUCUGAAUGAUCAAGCUGGAGAAGGUUAUGAACACAUCACGCUAGCUAAAGAAAUGGAUGUGAUGGAUUUGCCCAUGCUUCAAUUUAUAAACAAUCAAAUCGUGCCAGGUCAUUCCCAUGGAGACUUUAUUGAUGCUCUAGUCGUUGCCUUGGAUCAUUUGCACACUAAAUGCAUGGGGCGCAAGAUGGAACAAAAGAUCAUUCUGUUUUCCAACAUGACUUCUGAAUUUGCUCCUGAUCAAUUGGAUGCAAUUAUUAAUGGUAUUAAAGCGAAUGACGUAAAUUUAAUUUUUGUUGGUCCGGAGGAAAACGAUGAAGGGCAUGAAGAUGAAAAUGUGGGUAAUGGUACUGCAAAUGAAGAUGGAGCAAAUCAUCAAAGAAAUAAUAAUCAUGGUGAAAAUAGGAAGGAGUUGUCUUCGCAACAGAAACAAGGUAUCAAUUGUAUCCGGCAUGUGUUGGAUCAAGUUGAUGGCGAAGGCAUGUCAAUAAGCGAAGUUCUACCACUGCUGAGUUUUUUUGAAAAGCGCAGAAGGAAACUUGUGACUACGUUUCGUGGUGCAAUUGAGAUUGGAUCUGACUUGAAGAUAAACACAUAUGCUUAUGUAAAGACAUCUCAAGAAAGACCAACUUCUUGGAAAAAAUUAUCAGCACUCGCAGAACAAGCUGUUAAUCGUGACACAAUGAAAGUUGAAACUGAACGAACAUUUUAUCGAAACGAUGAAAACCAAACAGAAGUGGAUAAAGAUAACACAACGCAAGCCUACAGAUAUGGUAAGACACUAGUUCCAAUGACGUCAGAUGAUCAGAAAACCCUGAAACUCCAAACAACGAAAGGUUGUUUGGUACUUGGCUUCACUUCAAGAAAUAAUAUUGAACGACAUAUGUUUAGUCGAGUUGGAUGUCAUAUUUUUGUACCUCAACCUGGCGACGAGCAUGCUGCUGUCGCCUUUUCUGCACUGUGUCAUGCACUAGAAGAAAAAAACAUGGUAGCUAUCGUUCGAUAUGUGGCUCGUGGCAACACUGAUCCAAAAAUUGGGUUUUUAGCUCCACAUAUUAAAAGUUCAUAUGAGAGUUUAAUUUUUGUGGCUCUUCCCUUUCGUGAAGAUAUUCGACAAUAUGGGUUUGCUUCACUGCAAGGUGGUAAAAACAAAGAGCCAUCUGAGGAACAGUUGCAAGCUGUUGACUCACUAAUAGAUUCAAUGGGGUUGGUACAGCAUGUUGUAGAGGAUGGAGAGGAAGUAGAAGAAGAAUUAUUUAAACCAAAAAAUAUAUUAAAUCCAAUUAUUCAGAGGCAGUGUCAGUGCAUUCAAAGUCGUGCCUUGGAUCCUGAAGAGUCGCAACUACCAGUAAUAGAGGAAUACAUCCAACGGUCCAUAACAGUGUUACCAGAAAUGGCAGCUAAUUGUCAAGCAACUGUUGAUAAACUCAAGGAAAUGUUUCCACUGGAAGAGGUUGGCAAAAAGAAAACAACUGCGUCGAAUAUGUUUGGAGCAAGUGACAAAGAAACCAAUGCAAAAAAAGCUAAAACAGAAGACGAAACCGAUGGUAAUUUUGAUUUUGCAAGCUUGUCCAGAAAUCAAAUUACUGAGGUUGGUACUGUCAAUCCUAUACAAGAUUUUGAAGUACUGAUUAAAAAUGCUGACAGAGAAAGAUUCCUAGAAGUUUGCAGCCAAAUGAGAAAUCGCAUCAUGCGACUGGUUCUUGAUUCAUUUCUUGAUCAAUAUUAUGCUAAAGCUCUGGAGUGUUUAAAAGCAUUAAAACAACACUGUAUAAAGAUGAAAGUAGCUACAGUUUUUAAUGAGCUACUAAUUGAAUUAAAGGAAGCUACCUUGGGGAAAAGACGUCAGGAAUUCUGGGACUUGGUUGUAACAGAUGAUAUAAAACCUAUUCACACGCAAGAUGCAGCUGAGAGUAAAUAUUCGAAAGAAGAAGCUGACGAGUUUUUUGCAAACAAAAAAGAGGAAGCCUCAGUGGUUGAAGAACAACCUGCCGUCGAGGAUGCUGAUGAUUUGUUGGACAUGAUGUAAAAUCGAUUGGGAUGGCUACAAUCGUCAAUGGAAACAAUGAUCAGUUUACACAGCGUCGAAAUGGCGCAGCGGUUCGUGUGGCUACCAUCUUGCAUACCAACCCAAAUCUGGUGAACAAAUGAACAUUCAAUCUCAUAUACAAAUGAACAUUAACAACUUAUUUCAAUACACGUUCUGUUAUUCGCUUAUGUAAAUGUUUUAGAUAUAAAAAUAUCUAUCAGGACUAA